CAUUGGGUGGAUACAGGGGCGGACUGACCAUUUGGAAACCCGGACACUGCCCGAGGGCCCGGGGUCAGUAGGGGGGCCCAUGAGAUGCCCCUGGUACCUUUUUCAUAGGCUUUUUUGAGUUUGGGCAAGGACACAGGGGCCCCAUGAUCCCCUAUUGCCCAGGGGCCCCAUGAGUUGUCAGUCCACCCCUGGUCCGCCCCUGCACUCACCUGUCCCUCAAUCCCACUCUGUCCGCUCUGCAGCCUGUCUCACAGCUUGCAGAUUCACAGCCGGGUGCCCA